CAAUUGCACGAUCACACAAUCACACGAUCAAUCCUUCGGGAAUCCUCCCAGGACGGCGGGACAGUUCGAGUUCAAGUUCGAGUUCACCUUAAAACUCCUUAUCUUCAGUUACACAAAGUGAUACAGCGCGUCGCAAUGUCAAUUCCGGGUACUGCAUCGUCUUCGUCGCAGAUGACGGGAGCCGCCCGACUCCUCCAGCGUCAGCUGAAGGAGAUGCACACGUCUCCAGACCCAUCUGGUAUCUCUGUCGGAUUGGCUAAGGAUACUAAUGUCUUCGAGUGGGAAGUGAUUCUCAUGAUUAACGACGACUGCAAGUAUUAUGGAGGUGCCAAUUUCCGAGCCGUCAUGACCUUCCCUCCCGAAUAUCCUCAUCUACCGCCCAAGAUCGUAUUCCAGACGCCGGUGCCCUUCCACCCGAACAUCUACCCGAACGGCGAACUCUGCAUCUCGAUCUUGCACCCGCCCGAAGAAGACAAGUAUGGCUACGAGAGCGCCUCCGAGCGAUGGAGUCCGGUGCAGACCCCGGAGACAAUUCUCCUAAGCGUCCUUAGUCUCUUCAAUGAGCCUAACGAUGAGAGCCCUGCCAACCUAGAUGCCGCUAAGCUUCUGCGUGCCGAGCGAGAAGGCGGACCGAAGGAAUUCAGAAAGAUGGUCAGAAAGUGCGUCAGGGAGAGUCUGGGCGAGGAUUAAUUGCGCAGGUGAUCCGGAUCCAUUGAAAUCUGUGACCACACAGUGGUGUUUCAACCAUUAUAACGAUUCAUGGUGCCUCUAAUUCAACGGUAAUCAAGAGACGAUUAUAGAGAGGCGCCUCCAAGUUGGACCCAUCACUCGUC